AUGGUGUCGGUAUCCAAAAUAUCUAUAUUCCCUCUGAAACACAAGACAUGGCUACUCUUGUUCCUCUCCCCUUGCAUUCUCUUCUCCACCAAAAGCCACACCUCCAGACCACAAAUAAUCACCGUCUGUUUCGAUUAUCUGCUCAAUCACGAGAAACAAUAGAUCCAGUUUCGAGUGUCCAAUACACUCCUGGCGUGCUUGAUCAUGUUUUCCUCAACUUAUUCCGCAAUAAGAUGGCUCAGGAAGUAGGAUGGGAUUCGGAGAAACCGGGUUAUGAUGGAUUAAUAGACGUAGCCAAUCGUCUUAUGGUUGCCAGAACCAACUCUGAAACCAAAGAUGCAGCUGUUCGCAUAUUAAGAUCGCUGUUUCCCCCGUUGUUGUUAGAGCUCUACAAAAUCAUAUUUGCUCCUGUUGCUCAAGGAAAACUUGCUGCUGUCAUGGUAGCAAGGGUGACUGCACUAUCUUGUCAAUGGCUAAUGGGUACCUGCAUAGUUAACAAUGUUGAUCUUCCUGAUGGAUCAUCGUUACCAAGUGGGGUGUUUGUCGAAAGAUGCAAGUAUCUAGAGGAGAGUAAAUGUGUGGGGAUAUGCGUGAAUACAUGUAAACUUCCUACUCAGGAGUUCUUUAUGGAUCACAUGGGAGUUCCUCUUCUAAUGGAGCCAAACUUCAGCGAUUAUAGCUGUCAGUUCAAGUUUGGAAUUUCUCCACCGGAAGAUGAUAGCACUUUGAAGGAACCUUGCCUGGAGGUGUGUCCCAAUGCCACCCGUCGCAGAACAGCAGCGACCAACACACAUGAAAUGAAAUGUCCAAAGGCAUAAAAAAGUAAUAUCUGUGACGGACAACUUUGCUACAUUUCUUCCGAUACGAGGAUGCCAUGUAGAUUCGACUUUGCAUAGGUUGUCCUUAUGCGCAGACCAUUAGAAAAUGGGCAGAAUUCUAGAUACCUAAACAACUGAUAAAAUCAGAGAAAAAUACAACUGAAACUGUAUAAACAAUGUAUAGAUUUUGUUUAUUUUCUCGAUAAUCAUUUCUGUAACCUGUAAUGCGGUGAUACUAGAAUAAGAUGAAGCCAUACAUAUUAAAGUACUGAAAUGUGGUGAUGCUGGAAUAAAA